UGUGAAGCACUACAACAGAAUAAAUAAAGAGCAUUUCCUAGUCUACUCUCCUGUGUUUGGACAUGCAUGUUGAGUGUCCACUUACGCAGACCUCCUCUAGAUCCUCAAUCUACUCAGGGAUAUGAAAUCCAUUUAAUAACUUUUUUAAAAAGCACGCUAAGAUAACACAAGAAAUUUGUUUACAUCGUCUACCAUUUCCUCGGGAGAGUAUCAGCUGGGAUCAAAGGAGACAUCAGAAUGAAUCGUUUCUUCCUGAUACCUUUAAUGGUUGGAAUUCCUCUGCUGCAACACUGCCUUGCAGCCACAGGACACGUAGAAGCAAAGGAAGCGAAGCAGUCUGUGGGAUCUCAUGUUCGAGCGAAGCGCGGCUGGGUGUGGAACCAGUUUUUCGUCCCAGAGGAGAUGAAUACGACCAGCUAUCACAUUGGCCGGCUCAGAUCUGACAUAGACAAUGGAAACAAAUCUUUCCAGUACCAGCUGUUUGGAGAAGGCGCUGGGACUAUUUUUGAAAUUGUCAGCAACACAGGUGACUUAUACGCUGUGCAGAAACUGGAUAGAGAGGAGCGUUCCCUCUACACGCUGAGAGCGCAGGUAACAGACACCACUACUGGACAGGCUGUGGAACCCGAGUCUGAAUUUGUCAUCAGAGUUUCGGAUAUCAAUGACAAUGAACCCAAAUUCCUAGAUGGACCUUAUGAGGCCAUUGUACCCGAGAUGUCUCCAGAAGGAACCUUUGUCAUCCAGGUGACAGCUAGUGAUGCUGAUGAUACUUCCAGCGGCAAUAAUGCUCGUCUCCUCUACAGCCUACUCCUUGGGCAACCCUAUUUCUCCAUUGAGCCAACAACAGGAGUCAUAAGAAUAUUUUCAGAAAUGGAUAGAGAGCUGCAAGAGGAACAUCGUGUAAUUAUUCAAGCCAAGGACAUGAUCGGUCAGCCUGGAGGACUUACUGGAACAGCCAGUGUGUUAAUCAAACUAUCUGAUAUUAAUGACAAUAAGCCUAUAUUUAAAGAAAAUUUCUACCGCAUGUCUGUCUCUGAAUCUGCCCCCGUUGGGACUUCUAUAGGAACAAUCGUUGCCUAUGAUAAUGACCUACCCGAGAAUGCAGAGAUGGAUUACAGCGUCGAAGAAGAUGAUUCACAAACAUUUGAAAUCAUUACUAAUAAUGAGACCCAAGAAGGGAUAGUUACAUUAAAAAAGAAAGUGGAUUUCGAGCAUCAGAAUCACCACAGGAUUAGAGCAAAAGUUAAAAACCGCCACGUUGCUGACCAUCUCCAGAACUAUCACGUGGCAGCUUCCACCACUUUCAUUAAGGUCCAGGUGGAAGAUGAAGAUGAGCCUCCUGUUUUCCAUUUCCCAUAUUACAUAUUUGAAAUUUAUGAAGGAAAUCCACAUGGAUCUUCUGUAGGCACAGUAUCUGCCAGAGAUCCAGAUUUUAAGAAUUCUCCUAUCAGUUAUUCCAUCACCAAGAGUAAAAUGUUCCGCAUUGACGACAAUGGCACAAUCACUGCAGCCACCCCUCUUGACCGGGAGAUUAGUGCUUGGUACAACCUAAGUGUUACAGCCACAGAAAAAGACAACGUACAACAACUCUUUGAAGUCCCUGUGUUUGUGCACGUUCUUAACAUUAAUGACCAUGCUCCUGAGUUCUCUCAGUACUAUGAGACAUACAUUUGUGAAAAUGUAGACGCUGGUCAGGUGAUUCAGAUCAUCAGUGCAGUGGAUAGAGAUGAAUCUGUAGAAAAGCACCAGUUUUACUUCAAUCUAUCUAUAGAAGACACAACAAACUCAAGUUUUAUGAUCAUAGAUAGCCAAGACAACACAGCAAAGAUUUUGACUAAUAGGACUGGUUUUAGUCUUCAAGAAGAACCUGUAUUCUACCUGCCCAUUGUAAUUUCUGACAAUGGACUCCCACCCCUCACGAGCACAAACACCCUCCCCAUAUACGUCUGUGCCUGUGAUGACCGUGGUAAUGCAGAGACGUGCAGUAACCGGGAUCGCAUGCUAGCCAAGGGAUUCAGGACAGAAGUCAUUAUUGCUGUGCUGAUCUGCGUCGUGAUAAUAUUUGGGUUUAUCUUUCUGAUCCUGAGUCUGAAACAAAAAAGAAAACAGAUUCUGUUUCCUGAGAAGAGUGAGGAUUUCAGACAGAACAUCUUCAGAUAUGAUGACGAAGGGGGCGGAGAAGAGGAUACAGAGGCCUUUGACAUUGCGGAGCUAAGGACCAGCACCUUCAUGCGUGAGCGCAGGGCUCGCAAGCACGCCCCCUCGGAGAUCCCCAGCAUGUACAGGCAGUCUCUGCAGGUGGGCCCAGACAGCGCCAUCUUCAGGAAAUUUAUCCUGGAGAAGCUGGAGGAGGCCAAUACGGAUCCUUGUGCCCCUCCAUUUGACUCCCUUCAGACCUUUGCCUUUGAGGGCACCGGGUCCUUAGCUGCAUCCCUGAGCUCCUUGGGCUCUGACGUCUCCGAUCCAGAUGACAACUAUGAUUACCUGAAUGACUUGGGACCUCGCUUUCAGAGAUUAGCUUGCAUGUUUGGUUCUGCGAUGCAAUCAAAUAAUUAAGACUUUCUAUUAUGACUGCAGUGUACAAGAUGCUAAUGUGGGUUGAGGUGGACUGGUCCUCGCUUGGUAAAGAAAUCAAGGUCAUGUAAUGAUAAUACACUCAUAAAGCAGCUGUUUGAAAGCAAACAAAGAAGCAGAAACAAAUCAAAGCAAACCUCAAGGUAUACUCUUUGUUGAUUCCCUUGGAUAAACACCAUGUUGUCACAUCAAGUUACACACAGGAUGGAAGCUGACGGCAAAGUUUGGGAGAGGUGCUCUACUCAGUUCUUGGGUAGCCAUACUGUAAACUGGCUUUAGCAUUUCACGGAAGCAGUCUGCUGGCUUUCUUUCCAUAAAACCCGAUCUGUAUUCUAAGUGUUUCUGAGUGCUUACUAGGAAAGGCCAUGGAUUAAGCCAUUUUUAUAUGACAUCAUUUAUAUGUUCUACUUUUAAAAUCUGCAAACAAGAGUCAAGUCUCAAGGUGUGUAAAGUUCCUGACACUAUUUGAAAAUACUUUUAGUACUAGAAGAACGUGGGUGACUGUAUGCAACGUUUAAACAACUAUUUCCUGUAUAUGAAUAAGCGGAUGGAGUUUAUGCUUCAUUCAGGUUACAAUUUUAGGACUGAUUUCAAAUUUGGAAAAAUAACACAUUUGAUAUUAAUGCAGCUGAACAUUAGGGAGCUGUAUUAAUUUUGAUAUUUCUACUUUGUGUAAAAGGGGAAUAUGAAAAUAUAUUUAAGAAAUUUUCAUAGAUUAUUUUCAAUGCAACGAAAACAGUUUUGCAUUACAUCAAAACACAAGGGCAGUAUGUAUUUCAGGAUUGGUCAUUAUGACCUUUAGACUUCUUAGAACUUCUGAAAAGUCUGUAAACUAUUUAAAUAAAUUUUAUUGUAAAGAAACAGGAUAUAGAAACAAGAAAUAAGUAGUAGGUUCAUGCUUGCAUUAAUAUUCUUCUUAGAGAGUAUAAUGAAAUGCACUGUCUUUUACUAUGCAUACAAUAAAGCAUGAUACAGUUCUCACAAUCACUUUUUCUUUAAGAGCAUAGAAUAUGACUGAUACUUCUGUGUCAUUUUUUUUAUUGUGGAAUAUAAAAUUAGGUACAUUAGCAAGUUUUAUUGCAACAUUUUGAAGGAACUCAAUGCUAAGCUGCUGGACAUAAAGCUUAAUGGUAACAGUGAUAAUAAGGUAAUAAAAUGCUUUAAUUUUAACCCACCUUCUGGAGAAAGAUC